CACGCGAUUUUUCAAGUUUAGAAGGGAGAUUGUAAAUUACAUUUCAAGCCCUCGUGAAAGCAAUUAUUUUGCAUAUUUUACGUCCAAAAAUGCAGAUCCCCCUCUGCUUUUAUGCAGACAUUUUUUUCUCGGCGUGUCCAUUUCAAUUACCAUCCUUUUUCCAGUUGAAUUGUGAAGACUUUGUUGAUGCAUCUGUCUUGAUCACAUUUGGGCUUCAAACAUUUACUUUUAAGCGAGUUCCCUAGAGUCCAUUGCCAUUUAGAAAAACCGCAUUUAAUACGUUUCAAAAAUGAAGAGCUAAAAAUUGCGUCACACCUCGAGUGCAGCCCCAUUCGAAUUAAAGAUCAACUUUUUUAAACCAAUUUUAUUCACCUGUUCCGGCUCUAAUUGAGAGCUUUGGUCGAGCAAACUCUUACAUCCUCUUAAUGUUACAUUCUUACAAGGUUAAUCAAACUAGGCUAAUUCGUUCUGAUGAAGAUUUGCUUUAUUUCUCCGCUUUUUGGUCUAGUGGGAAUACCUCUCAAUUAGAUUUUUUUUCCUGUGAAUGAUUUCAAAUGAAGUCAAUUGGAGCUUAUAAUCAGCAAUAGCUAUUCAUAUACUUCUUUAUUUUUAUCUUCCGAAUUUUUACCAAAAAUUUAUCCACUAUAAUGCUUGAGGAAAUUUCAAUUGAGGAUGAGGAGACAUGUCAUUCGACAACAGGUGAUCGGAAAAGAAGAGAUCCCGAAAAUGGCUACCUUAAACACCACAGGGAUCAAACACAAUCAAGUGUGGGACAGCAAGAUGGUGAGGAUGGAGGGGUAGACGGGGACAGUGUCGAACACAGCAGGAGACGCAUGGUGCUGGCUAACGUGUGUACUGUGGUGCUGUACACUUGUUUCCUGGGUGCAUGUGUGAUGACGUCAGUAGAGAGUGUGAAGAGUGUGAUCAGAGCCAGUACCACUCCCGUGUCUUCUACUUCCAUUCACUUCCAGCAGGAAAAGUACAAUCCACCAGCCAUAAUUCUGCUGUAUGUGGCGGACAGUGACGAGAAGAGUCUGAAAUUGAGGGACUAUCACUGCGUGUGCAGGUACUCCAACAACGGAGGACUCACAGAUAUAUUCGCUAGGACAUUACUCGGAUCACACCUUACUUCUUCUAGAAGGAGGUGUGAGUACGUCACAGACAUCAUCUCAAUCGAAGACUUCUACGCAGUUAUGGCUGCCCAGCCCCUCUCCACCUCAUUAGACCCCCGCGCCAAUAUCUCAACACUUCUCAUGCAACAGCUUCAGAAACACAGUCAAAUACGGGCCAACCGAUCCAAAAAACAUGAGAAACAUUACGUCGCAUUCACCAUCCGAGGUCCCGAGGACUGGGAAAGAAAAGAACAAGUAGAGGUAGCAUGUAAUCAUAGGAACAACUACGGGUCAUCAACAUCAUCAGGCACUGCACGGACUUCUGCUCAGUUUGAAAAGACCGAUACAUCGAAAACGCCAGAUUACGUCAAGAGCAACACUCCAUUGCAAAACUCAUCAAGCAAAUCAAGCACGGAGAAGAAUACCGUUGAUUCAAAUGUUCAACGGCGGAACAGUUUGAGUGAAAAUUUCAAAACAGAACUGAGUGAUCCUGUAAAUGACACAGGUCAGGUAAGAAGUUACCAACGACACACCAGGCAAGUUUCUGAAGAUGCGGCGUCUGCGCAUAUCGGGUUUCAGAAGUUACUGAACAUAUCCUCAUCCAGGAGACGAGCACAGUCUUUCAACUCUGGAAAGAAGGUCCGUGAGGAUGACAAAGUGAGACUAGAAUAUAUGUUGCUGCCAUCAUACCACGAAAUGCUGAAACAUGAGAAUCGGAUGCAGGCCAUUCUGACUCACAGGGGUACUAAGGAGACGGCAUUCACGGAGAGCAGCGUGAGCAAGACACUGCAUGUCUAUCUGCUGAUGAGCGAGGUGGAGGAACAGGGUCAACACCGAUCGCUACUCGACACAGAAGAGUCUUACAAAAUAGCUCCUGUUAGCAUCAAUGGUGGUGAAUUGGGAAAUGUGAAACUGAAAUUUGAGUGGAAGAGCCCAAUGGUUUGGAAGAUCAAGACUUUCAUAGCCGCUUCCCCCUGGUACGCAGUCACAGUCAUAUGUACAAUGCUACUGACACUAGCAGAGGCAGUUAAUGUGUCGCGGAACAUCAAAUUUCUGUUUUUGGGUAGACGCCGACAGACAAACCAAACAUCAAGAAUAGAGCAACAAAGACAAAAUGUGUUGAUGCAUAAAACUGGAAAUGUCUCCAAUGACUGCAACGACACGGAUUCCAUUGUAGAGAUAUCUGCAGCUCCUAUAGACCAAAACACAACAUCAACACAAAAUUGUGUAGAAAUAAGCUCCAAUAUACAUAAUAGAUGCCUUGAGAAGUCCUAUUCGACCUUACUGUUCAGAUGGUGCUUCGGUGGAAGAAAAGAUCGAGGUCAAGCCUUCCUACAAACUAAAGCAAGGCCAUUCACACGCAUAAGAAGGCUUGACGGAGCUCGCCAAUCAGACGAAGAUGCAGGACAAUCUUACUCUCUCCAUUACGUCGUGACUGACCCCGGAUUUCAACAGAAUGCAGUAAUUCUAACGGCUGAGAAAAACACGUCAAAAACAGAAGAGAACGGACAUCAGGAAAAAAGCGGAAAGGAGAGUGAAAUUGAUGAUGACGAGGAGAGAAGAAUGAAAAGAAGGCCUUUUCACGUUGAAACUCACUUCUGGAAUAAAAGCAAAUAA